UGCUGCGCCUGUAUAAGAAGGCGGUGCGGCACGUGGAGUCGUGGGUGGUACACAGGGUGGGAAAGGUGUCUGGUGGAGGGAGCCAUUAAGGUCACCUGGCAGGGGGUCUUCAAGAGGAAUUUGAGAGACGAAUGCCGCUACCAGGCCUGUAUCCUGAGAGCGCGCUUCGAUGAACAUAAAGAUGAAAAAGAUUUAGUAAAAGCCACUUUGCUGCUGAAGGCCGGAGAGGAAGAAUUCUACGUUCGAAAGCACCCCAAGCCAUUCAUCUUCCCAGACUCCCCAGGAGGGACCAGCUAUGAGAGAUACGACUGCUGGAAGGUUCCUGAAUGGGCCCUGGACUACUGGCACCCAUCAGAAAAGGCCAUGUACCCAGAUUACUUUGCAAAGAGAGAGCAGUGGAAGAAACUUCGGGAGGAGAGUUGGGACAGAGAGGUUAAGCAGCUGAUGGAGGAGACCCCAGCUGAUGGACCACGCACUGAAGCUCUGCCACCAGCCCGUAAGGAGGGGGAUCUUCCUCCACUCUGGUGGGGCUAUGUAACCCGACCCCGCAAUUAUAGGGAUUAA